GGAACACCCAAUUUGUCAAUAAAUCUUUUGAAAAUGGGUGCCCGCCCCAUCCCCAACCCGAUUAAAAACCAAACCAUUUUACUUUAAAUUCUCCCAUUACACUUCACAUCUCUUUGCUUUCUCCAUCCAAAUUCAAACCCCACGCCCAUGGCAACAGAGAGAAAGCGGAGCGCCGGGAGUUGCGGCCAUAUUCCGGCGUUUGGUGGGUGGGACGCGGCGGCUGACCUCCCCAUUACACAGUACUUCGAGAGUGCCCGGCAUGCCGGCCUUACGCGCAAUCCCAGUGAACGCGCAGCCACGGACCUAAAUGACGGAGUCGCCAAUUUACGCCGGCCGCCGCCCAGCCAUCCCGCCGCUGGUGAUGCUGUUCUUCCUGCUACCAAGGUCAAACCGGGAACAUUCCAACGGGGCCGAGGAGUAUAUUCAUACUUUGAUCUUCACGAUUUAAGUUUUAAAUUCCGUAAACUUGCAUAAGUGCAGCGGAGGAGUUACUCACAAAAUAAAAAGGGGGAGAGAAGGCCGGUCUGCAAUGAACAUGAGAAAAACGGAUCCGCCGGUUCACGCCAGCAAUUGCAAAUGCAUAGCAGUAGCCUGAAUUCCGCCGCAAGGAAGAAUGCGAAUGUCAUCCCGAAACCGGUGGAUGAAGAUCUCUAUGGAAUCCCCCCGGAGUUCCUUCGCGGUGGCAGCCGUAGGAAAUUCUUUUUUGGGUUCUUUUCAAGAUGCCUUGCUCCUUCUCCAUGUACUGCAUGAGUAGUUAUGUGCAUACUAUACGAAUUUCUGGGAGGAAUAUGUAUAAAAAAACAAGAUGUUGAAAUGAAGGGUGAAAAUGAUGGAAUGAUGAAUAGAUGAGGAAAAUUCAUCUCUGAAUACAAGAGAUUCAAGAGCAUACAAAAGGAAAUUACAAAUGUCUCGUAGUAAAGAAAAGUAUGAACAUGUUAAUUGUAAGAGUUCUCUGAGUUGAGCUUUUUGUUUAUGGCCCUUUCAGUUGCUUUAUUUUAUUUUCCAUCCUUCUUAUUAUCUUAUAGCCAUGACACUCCUCAAGAUGACUAGAUGAGUAUCUAUGUUAAGCAUUUU